GGCGGAGCGGCCGCUGGCUCCUCCUCCUCCUUCUUCCUCGGGCAGCAUGGCGCGGGCCGAGGAGCUGGCAGGGUGCUUGGAGGCCGUGCUGGGGAGCCGCGGCAAUGCCAACCGCGUCUUCGAGAUCCUGGAGCUCUUGGCGGGCCGGGAGGAAGGUGAGGAUGAGGAUGUUCUCUGCGCAGCCAGGACCUGCAGUCGGCUCUUCGGGGCGCUGCUGGAGCGGAGGGAGCUGUUCGUGGGGCCCCUGCCCGCCGAGGAGGCCUCUCUCGCCGAUAACUACAGCGCGGAGGACAAGUACAAGAUCUGGAUGAGGCAUCGCUACAAGGACUGCGUGGGUUGCUUGGCGGAGCUGAUGGGCCACGAAUCCUUCCAGGUCAAGGAAUUGUCAAUGUGCACCCUCAUGAAGUUUGUUGAGUUGGAGGCACAAUAUCCCCUGAUCAAAGUAGAGUGGAAGGGGACUUUAACUUUUCCUCGAGAACUUCUGAAGGUGGUUGUUGAUGGUUUGCUUCCCCUACACGAGGACGCUGCACUCCUGAUCUCUCGCUUUCAAGAGUUCAUGGAGUACGAUGACAUUCGGUACUUUGUCACCAAGGCAGUCACUGAGAACAUUGGACAAGUCAUGCAGAGGACAAAGGAGAGGCCACUUCCAUUUUACCAGCAGAAUGUAUUUUCCCUUAUUUCUCCCAUUAACAUGCCAAACAAGGAGAGUGACAUGGUCAAAUUUAUGGUGAAGCAAGAUAACUGGGAGGAACUGAAAGUGUCAAAGCUGCAGGCACACAAGCAAGCCUUUGAAAGAAUGUGGCUCAGUUUUUUGAAGCACAAGCUACCCACUGGCCUUUACAAAAAAGUUCUUGUUAUUCUGCAUGAUUCCAUCCUGCCUUACAUGAAUGAACCCACUCUCAUGAUAGACUUCUUGACAGUGGCCUAUGGCAUAGGUGGAGCAAUCAGUCUUCUAGCCUUAAAUGGAUUAUUUAUUCUGAUUCAUCAGCACAACCUGGAAUACCCCGAUUUUUACAAAAAGCUGUACAGCCUUUUAGACCCUUCUGUCUACCACGUGAAGUACCGAGCCCGCUUUUUCCAUCUGCUUGAUCUCUUUUUGUCUUCAUCUCACUUGCCCGCGUACCUGGUGGCUGCGUUCAUAAAGCGCCUUUCCCGGCUGGCCCUGAGUGCUCCUCCUGAGGCUCUGCUCAUGGCCAUCCCCUUCAUCUGCAAUCUCUUCAGAAGGCACCCUGCCUGCAGAGUGCUGGUGCACAGACCCCAUGGGCCACAAGAUAUGUCAGAAGAUCCAUAUAUUAUGGAGGAGGAGGAGCCAUCUAAAAGCAAGGCUUUGGAGAGCUGUCUCUGGGAGAUUCAGUCUCUACAAAACCAUUAUCACCCAGAUGUGGCCAAGGCAGCUGCUGUCCUCAGCCAGUCUCUGUCUGAAAUGGAGGAUGACAUCUCAGGGCUCCUGGAGCUCUCAGGCUAUGAGCUUUUUGAUAAAGAAGUAAAGAAAAAGGCUACUGAUGUGCCCCUGGAGUUUGAGCAAAUCCGAGGUUUGUUUGGGAAGAAAAAUGAUAUUUUUGCAGAGCACUUCACUUUAGAUUGAUGUGAUCGCUUCAACACACAUCUGCACAACUGACUGAUCCUGGGGACAUGCACCAAGCUCACUUGUGCUGCCUUUGAAAUCUCUUCAUGUAAUGAGAACUGGACUGCUAGAGAAAAGUGGAGUCUUCUUCAGUGACCUUUGCCACUACCCAGGAUGGACUUUCCUGUGUUGUUCCUUGUUUCUUAUCCUUGCAUACUGCCACCUGAUGUUUGGGAGGGAUUUUCUGUCAAAGUUUUCUGGACCUCUUCAUUGCUGGUUUUCCAGCCUUUUUGUCCAAAGCUGCAGGUGCUGGGUGUGCACAGUGACUGCACUGACCAUCAUGCUGCCAUCUGAUGGGACUGAGGGGAAGUGAAGUCUCUGACCACUGCUCUUAUUUUUCUGGUGUUACUCUGAUACUGUUUUUAUCAAGUAACUUCAGUAUCUAGCUGUGAACACUUGAUGAUAUUUUAAUUAUAUUUUUUUUAUACACUUCUAAACUCACAUCUCUAAAGAGAUGUGGAACUUCUAUACACUCAACACUCCCACUGAAAGCUCAGGUUUGUCAAAAAAAACAAACCUCAGAGAUGAUGCUCAGUAAUUCUGUAUGAAGAGUUGCUGAUGUUCCUUCAUGUACAUCCAUCUCAUGCUGUAAGGUUGCUUAAUUCAAAAUUCUCAUGAGCUUUGGAAAUGAGCAUAAUCCUGGUGACUGCCAGGGAGGCCAGCUGAUGUGCAGUGGGAGUUAUGUCUAAUCCUUGAUUUUUGCUUCAGCAUGAUAAGCAGCUUAAUGUAGUUCUGCUUAUAGCCUGCACAUGUUGUUGGAGUUAUGGCCAGUGUGUAUCCAGGCACUAAUCAGGUUUUAACUAGUCCACUGGUACUAGGUAGCUUUGUUAAUUUGAAUUUUUUUUGGUAUAGUUCCAGAAGACAUGCAGAAAUUUCUUUUGGUAAGGUUGUGGGGUUUUUUUCCCCAAGGUUUUAAGUGUCAGAUAAAUUUCAUAUUAAUAAUGCAGAUAAAUUCAGGACUUUUUUUCCUAAUAAUUUUCAACAACUUAGUGUUAUCUUGUUAGACUUGAACUUCACUUGCAUAUUUGAAAUCAUAGUUUGUGGACACGAAGAAUACAGUCAAAAAAAUGGAGGCCAAGAAACUGUGGCUGUCUUGGAGACUGUUUUCUUUAGCCAGCUGGCUUUGUGCCUUCCAAACAAUGGACAUGUCCUCAGACUACAGAGCUCUACCUUUUUCUCUGAUACUUUGGAAUUUAGUGGAGGUGGUUUUCAGCAUUUGUAUUUUUGUUGUUUUUUCAAAGAAGUGUUAAUCUUUGUUCUCCUCAUGUGAAUAAAGCAAUCCUGUCUCCUCUCUG